AUGAACGACACUCCUCCGAGGCCUCGAAGACAGCGAGCAAUUCUGUCGUGCAAUGACUGCCGCCGAAGAAAGCUGAAAUGCGAUCGUCUAGCUCCAUGCAACCGAUGCAUCAAAGGCGGUGUCGCUCAGUCGUGCGCGUACGGACCUGAAGCGUAUAGCGUCGUGUCUGAUGAGCUUCAAGAAUACGCCAUCAAAAAGAGACGGAGAGGUUCGAGGAGCCAACAAGAAGUCCAGUCACACAUCGCCUCUGAGAGCAGACACCAUGUAUGCGAGCAAGACUCCACACUGCAACCGGAUGUGACAGCACAAGAUCGGCUCGAAAAGCUUGAGCGCGAACUCUCUCUCCUUCAGCAACAUGCUUCGACUCAUGCGCCAGAGCGGAAGGAUCAAGUGGAAUUCCUCGCUAACUCACCUGACUUGAAAGGCAUCAGCCGCUCCUCUGCAGUUAUGGGUAUACUGAAAGGACGUGGAUACGGGACACAUUUCUAUGGCGCUUCUUCAGCCAUGUCUAUAGUUGCCCAAUUUCCCGAGCUGCGUUCGUAUAUGAAAUCGGCAUACAGUGAAUCUACGGCUCGAAGAUUGUCACAGGACAUGAAAGCGUCUGAGGACCGGGCUCGGCAAAUGCAACAACACCAGCGUAUUUUCAACGCAUCAAGCUUGCGAUCUUUGUUCCCCGAACGACGCACAGUAGACCUCCUCCUGAAGAAAUACUUCGACACAUUUGAGAGCACACUAAGAAUCAUACAUGUGCCAACCUUCAAAAAAGCUUACGAGCAGUACUGGGAUAGUGGCGCUACCACAGACACUGACAUGGAUGCCAUUAUACUCGCAAUACUAGCAUGCACAAUCUGCACGGCAACUCACACAACACCCCGCUAUAACCACGCAGGAUCGACAUUCCACUCCAAAGGCGUUCUGUGGAUUAGAGCCCUCGAGGCCUGGCUGAAGCGGCAGAGCAACAAGCGCCGCAGCUUGGCGACGCUGCAAGUGCGCUGCUUGCGACUCCUGGCUCUUGCGACAACACGUUCGAAGGUCAAAGAAUACUACCAAGAGGUACAAACACAUGUCGCAAUCAUGCGCUCAGGAGGCAUGCAUCGGGAUCCAAGUAUAUUUGGAACCCGGUGUUCGGCAUUUGAAGGAGAGAUGCGGAGAAGACUCUGGGCAACAACUAUGGACAUGGAGCUUCAAGCAUCGAUUGACAAAGCACCUCGCAAUAUUGACGACGACGAACUCACAAUUGAUCUGCUUGCGCUGCCUCGCUCUCACGGAAUCACGACGUACACCGACACAGCCUACCUACAUCUGUCCAAUUCUACGCUCGAUCGGAGAAUUGCAAUAUGCUCAUUAAUGAACAGUCUAAAGGAUAAGCCCGUCCUGUACGAGAUUCUCGAGCAUGAGAACAAUCUCAACCAGCAUAUUACCAAUAUACCUUCUUGGGCCGACGCCCGAUCGAUUCAGGUUAAGCAGCUUCUGGAACUUCAGCUGCGGCAAUUUAUAGUCAUACUUCAUAUGCCGCGCGUAUUAGAAGUCGACGCAAGGAGAGAAUCCGAACGCCGAUACGCAAUGAUCACAGCUCUCGAUGCUGCGGCGGCGACGAUAAAUCGACACACCUUACUGAUCAAGACCGGGAACUUCUCCGCACUUUCGCAGCGCCUCGAUUAUCUCCGAGCCAUAUUGCUCAUCACACACAUCGCGUAUUACGCGCGCAGUGAAAACGAUAACAUCCUACCGCGCCUAGCCAAGCAGAUAUUUGAUGACAAUAAAGAAAAGGCUCUUCGGCUCCUUGAGGAGCGCGCGAUGCGGCCGGGUAAAGGAACCGAUGCUGCAGUCAGCCUCGUUGAGACGCAGUUCCAACCCUCGCAGUCAGACAGCUUGAAAAGGCAGGCGGCUGACAGGGUGGCCAAAUUGCUGCACAAAUCAUUAUCAGUGUUAGAUGAACCGACGGAAGAGACGCUGGCGACUGAGGUCGUGUUGGGGACGCGUCCCAAGACGCCGACGACAACAUCCCAAGUACUUUCUGAGCCGGCACCGAUGGAUAUUGUGGCAAGCGCUGGGCUAGAAUUUGAUGCUUUUAAUUUCGAAGACACCUCGGAAUUCAUGAUGGACGAUCUCUGGUUCCUCAACAUUCCCCCACUCGAUGACAUUGGCCAGAUGCCUUCUGCAGUUUAA